UGUGCCCCCACCCUCCAGGAAGGGCCCUUCACAGCCUGGCUGCAGGGAUCAGUCACGUGUGGCCCUUUAUUAGGCCCUGCCAUAUAAGCCGAGGGCACGGGGUGGCCAGGAACUCUCUAGGCAAGAAUCCCGGAGGCAGAGGCCAUGCUGACUGCAGCACUGCUGAGCUGUGCCCUGCUGCUGGCACUGCCUGCCACGCAAGGAGCCCAGAUGGGGUUGGCCCCCCUGGAGGGCAUCAGAAGGCCUGACCAGGCCCUGUUCCCAGAGCUCCCAGGCCUGGGCCUGCGGGCCCCACUGAAGAAGACAACUGCAGAACUGGCAGAAGAGGAUCUGUUGCAGGAGGCUCAGGCCUUGGCAGAGGUACUAGACUCGCAGGACCGCGAGCCCCGCUCCUCACGUCGCUGCGUAAGGCUGCAUGAGUCCUGCCUGGGACAGCAGGUGCCUUGCUGUGACCCCUGUGCCACAUGCUACUGCCGCUUCUUCAACGCCUUCUGCUACUGCCGCAAGCUGGGUACUGCCAUGAACCCCUGCAGCCGCACCUAGCUGGCCAACGUCAGGGUCAGGGCUAGCGUAGGGGCAAGCAAAUGCGAAUAAAGGAUGGGACCAAC